GUCGCACUAUGGGUGCUUACAGGAGCUGUAUUUUACUACCUUAUUGACAACUGCCGCACCGUGGACGGCCAGGAAGUCUGCGGUUGGACCUUUGCAGAAAGCUUCUACUAUUCUGUGCAGUGCGGGCUGUCUAUUGGCUUCGGCCUCCUUUCCGAGACCAAGGAAGCGAGCCGCUUCUAUUCCAUCAUCCACAUCCUGGCGGGUAGCUCUGUGAUCGCUGGCUGCCUCAGUUGGUUUGCUUCGCGAACCCUGGAGCGGCAUAUGAAGUCUCUCAACGACCAUGAGUCAAAGCUUGCCCGGUUCGCCCAUGCAUGUCACACAGACGGCUACGAGGGCUUCAACAUGCUGGAGAUGAGGGACCUCCUCGUGAAGUAUCCCCAGUUCAUGGCGGACUUCGUGUACAAAAUAGAGCAGGAUCAUGACAAGGUCACUGAGAUCAUGGAGAAGUUUGAAACCGCGCCGAAGGGAGCACGGGAGACCCUGGCUAUACAGACGCUGCAGCGUGUUCACCAAGAGCACGGAAUCUUCAAAGGCCAUGGAGUCAACAUUGAUGACAUCAUGAAGAUCCACGAAGAAAGCAGAACGAUCCUUAGAUACGUCAGGAGCUUCGUCAUUCAGAACUCCAGUUUGCUGAUGGUGUGGGGCUUUUGGCUCUUCUGGAUCCUUCUUGGCGCUGUCUUUGCAUCCUUCACCUGCGAGUGGAGCUUCAUCAAGGGCCUCUACUUUGCCGUGGCGGCCUUGAGUACCGCCGGCUUGCAGUCUGUUUGCGAAGGUGAAACCCCCGUGAUCUUCACGGCCUUCUACUGCCUCGUCGGUGUACCGGCCUUCGGCGUUGCUCUGGGAACUUGUGCGGGCGUAAUCGUCGAUCGUUCAGCUGCGAAACAGAACGAAGAGAAGAUGCACAUGAAGAUCACCGAAACCGAGUUGAGCUUCGCCCAGCAUGUGCUCAACCACCCUCCGGACGCCAAGAUCGCCUUGUCUGACUACAUCGAGAUUCAGCUUCUUCGGACCGGUGCCGUCGACCGCGAAACACUGGAGUCACUCAAGGAGGAGUUCGAGAAGCUGGACGAGAACAAAGACGGUUUCCUCACCAGAGAUGUGGCGAUGAAGGGCCACGAGCACAAGGUCAUGAAGCACAAGCCGAAGGUCACGGAGGCGUCUGUGUGA